AUGGAGUUGUCAGCUGAACUGGAUACCACCAAUCGUCCUGAUGAGUGGAAGAUUGAACAGGGCAUGGCCGGCGACAAGCUGCCUAUCCUGGACCAAUCUGAAAGUGAAACUGUCCACCUUUACCCUCCCCCGGUGUCAAAAUUGAUGAAAGAUGAAGAGGCGAUCGCAUCGGUGGGUGAUCGCGCCAAGCUUUUCACCCGCGAGCGUGAUGGUUGGAAAGGAUACGUAGAGUGGGAAAACUACCCCGAGAAAAAGGCCAAAGCGAAAAAGAUCCUCAACUCGCAGACAUUCGACCCAUGCCCUGAUUUCCAGUUCGGACCAAUCCCAGGGACCAACCCCGUUCUUCCGGGCGAUGAUUUCAAGGAGUGGCAUGCUGCACUCGGAGGUGAACUCGCCACUGUUGCAGAUGAUUCCUGGAGGUGCGUUCUUCGUGAGAAACAUGCAGAUAUGCUGCAUCUCCUUCAGUUCCCUUACAAUGGGGAGCCGCCCAAACGCCUGGUCACCUCGAAAGCGAUCACCCCAAAUCCACUCCAUUUCGUCAGAAAUCACGGCGGCAUUCCUAUUAUAGACAAGGAAAAGUGGGAUCUGUCGCUAGAUGGGCUGGUGAAUCACCCAAAGACUUAUAAGUUCCAUGAUCUCAUGGAUGAGACUAAGUUCCCGCGCAUGGAGAAGACGGUCACUAUGCAGUGCUCCGGAACUCGUCGCAUUGAACAAAUUUCCUUAUAUGGUGGUCAAGGAGAUGAGGUUCCCCAAGCACCGUGGGCUGAGGGUGCUAUUGGGACAGCUCGGUACGUCGGUAUCAGCUUGAAGAAGCUGAUCAAGGACUGUGGUGGUCUCGUCAAGCCUGCGAAACAUCUCGAACUUUAUGGCGCUGAGACCUACGUCAAAGAUCUUGAAGUAGGAAACUAUGUUGUCAGCGUCCCAUGGUCUAAAGUGAAGGCCAAUGAGGUUAUCCUAGCCUGGGAGAUGAACGGUCAACCUCUACCCAAGAUCCAUGGAUAUCCGUUACGGGUGGUGGUAUUAGGAUAUAUUGGAGCUCGAAGCGUCAAAUGGCUUUACCGCAUCAAGGCAAUUGAGAAUCCAUCCAGCGCCCCGGUUCAGAGCAGGGAAUACCUGUACUUCAACCAACAGGUUGGCAAGUACAAUCUGCGACCCACAGAUGGCAUCCAGAUCCAAGAAAUGCCAGUCAGCUCGGCUAUCAUGAGCCCAUGGACAAAACAAGCGGUCGUGCACACAGGCAAGAUUCGAUGCAAGGGCUGGGCCUACUCUGGUGGUGGUCGAUGGCCUGAGAGAGUCGAAUUGUCCGCAGAUGGCGGUUUCAGCUGGUACGAUGUGCCGCCAGAGCGUCUGUCCAAGAAAGGAAAAUGGACCUGGCGCACCUGGGAAUUCGACCUACCUUGUGAUGUCGAAGGAUGGAUUGAGAUUGUCUGCCGAUGCUGGGAUAACUCCCUCAACACACAGCCGCUCAAUGUUCGCGCGGCGUGGAACUGGGGUCUGCAUGUUACUUCUUCGGCUCAUCGUAUCAAGGUAUAUAGCAUCAACAAAAGCCGGGAGCUUACGAGGAAGCGGUUGGAUAAGUAUGAGCAGCUCGGUAUCCCUUUGGCUCCUCUCACUCGCUAUGAGAAUGUCUCGGGUCAGACACCUGAGGAGUACGAGCAGUAUUGGAAAGAGCAUGAUCCACGGGAUGUCGAUGAAUAG